GAAGAAACCUGCGACGGCGCAGAUAGACAGUACCAAAAAAUAUGACAACAGCCAUGGACGCCAGCAGCACCUUCGUCCUAACCGACAUUCGCCUUUUUACUGGCGAGAACGUCAUCGAGCACGGCUACGUUUACGUCGUGGACGGGUUGAUCUGGGCCUUGGGUGCAGGCGCUCCUCCCAUAUAUUCCUCAGUAGCUGCUGUCGUCCCCACGCGCUCCCUCCCGGGGCAUACGCUACUCCCUGGCCUCAUAGAUGCGCACAUCCACGCCCACAGAGACAUCCCAGACGCCAUCGCGCAGGCGUUGCGUUUUGGCGUGACGACGGUGCUAGACAUGCAUAAUGAGUUCCCGCGUGUGCGCCAACUCAAGGAAAUCGCGGCCCGGGAUCUCGACGUCGCGGAUUACAAGGCCGCGGGGCUGGCGGCGACUAUUGAGGGCGGCUGGCCGGAGGCGAUCGUUACGCUGAAGAAUCGAAGUGAGGAGACACUGGCCGAUAUAUCGACAUGGCCCAAACUAAACACGCCGGCGUCAGCCGCUGCGUUCGUAGCCUCGCACGCCGCCCAAGGCGGCGACUACGUCAAGCUGAUGCAUGAGUCCGGUGUGGCUCUAGGGCUUAGCGUACCGCAGCCGACGGUCGAGUUGCAGCGCGCCGUUGUCGAUGCCGCUCACAAGCUCGGCCGCGUCGUUGUUGCGCACGCCACAUCGCUGUCUGACACGCUGGCCGUGCUGUCGACCGGGAUCGACGGGCUCACUCAUACCUUUUGCGACCAGUCUCCUACACCCGAACUCGUUGCGGCAUAUCAGCGUACCGGUGCGUGGCUUAAUCCGACGCUAGCGACCAUGGGCACCAUAACGGGGGAGGGGAGGGAGCUGCAGGAACGUUUUGCCAACGAUCCAAGAGUGGAGCGUUUGCUGGACAAGGGACAAAAAGAGAAAAUGUGCCAAUGUGCCAAUAUGAAGGCGGAAGGAAGCAGAGUGGAAUUUGCAUAUGAAAGUGUGAGGGUGCUGAAGGAAGCGGGAGUGGACAUCAUCUGUGGCUCUGACGCCGCCGGUCCUCUUCCUGGCACUGCCUUCGGUCUCUCCACCCAUCACGAGCUAUUUUUGCUCGUGAACAAAUGCGGCUUCACACCACAGGAGGCCCUGCGCUCAGCUACGAGCUUGACUGCCAAGAAAUUCGGAUUCCCAGAUAGAGGACUUAUCAGGGAGGGGCGUAAGGCUGAUUUAAUCCUGGUAGAAGGAAACCCACUGGACGAUAUUGAUGCGACGCUAAAUCUGAAAGGAGUGUGGCGAGACGGUGUUCUGAACAGUGCAUACAGGGGGAGG